AUAAAGAUUAUGACCCUUUCGCGGAUAGGCGGCGGCCAACGGUUGGGGAAAAGGAGGAUGAGUACCGACAGAAGCGACGACGCUUGGUUAUUUCCCCGGAACGUAUUGAUCCUUUUGCUGACGGUAAGUUCCUGAUACUUCUUCGAGUUAGUUUUUAGAUAUUUAUGUAAUUGUUAGUUUGUUUAAUUUUAAUUGUCAAAAGAAGCCAUUACAAAAAAGAUCGUUAUGAUUAUUCACAUCAUGAAGGAAAUCUUAGUAUUGAAGGUUACAAUUUGUAACUAUUAGACAAUGAACAUAGCGUUCGAGUUUGUGGUGGUUUCAAAGCAAUAGUGGUAACCCAGAAGUUCGAUAGAUACUAUAGUGAAACUUAAACUAUUGUUCUUCUGUGUUACCAUUAAAAAAUCAAUUGAGUUUUUUGGAGUGAGAAAGCAUUCGAAUGGCCGUGAAUCAACAAAGAUUCAUAGAAUGAAUGGUGAUGGCAAUGAGGUUCUGAAAAUAGUAAGCGCAAAUUAUGGAGAAAUCACUUUCGACAAAUACCGCUCAUUGUUUCUUCUGUUGCGCCAGUUCUGACUAUACUCGAAUCCCAGUAUUGUGCUAUCUCUUUAUUAACGUAAACCACUUACCACGCAGGUUGCGGACAUCAUCCGUGUCAGUAUGAGACCGCCGAUGAGGAAGGCUCUCAGUUUAUCAGGUUAAUAUUAGCCCGAUUUCAGACUUGCUUGUUUCGUUUGGCGUUUCGUUUUAAUUUAGUCUUUCACACAUGUCGCCGAACCAGACAGGCCAGUACCUAUUGAAUAAGGGCAAUAAAGGUUGUGCGAGUGGCGAAUGAGUGUGUUUAUCAACCAGAAAACAGAAAACUAUUAAUCACAGAGAUUUUUUUAGGAACCCUCUCUCAAAUACUCCAAAAACCAAUAAAAGCCAUGCCGCGGACAUUUUUCUGCAUCGUCUUGUAGCCUUAAUUAAACAAUAGUUUAUACAGUAUUAGACAAAUUUAAUUUUGCGACAGAGCAGAAAAAAUGUUCCGGGCACAGAGGAUCUGGCUGGAGCACGCGGUAAAACUCCAGACAUUGGCUCCCGUUCCUAUACGGAGAUAAUGCGCGAACAGAUGCUUAAAGGGGAAGAAGUUGAGCUUCGCAAGAAAAUCCAGGAAAAGGCAAAAGAUGGUACCCUGAAGGUGAACAGCAGUAACAGCGCCAGUAAUGGAGACGCAACGAGUAAGAUGCCAUUAGCCGAACCGAAAAAGCGUGGUCGAUGGGAUCAAACCGUGGAGGAAUCCUUCGUUCCUCCGAAAAAGCUCUCUGUUCCUGCUACCCCCACAUGGGGGGACGCCGAAAAAACUCCUGCCGAUCAUCGGUGGGACGAGACGCCUGGUCAUAAAGGUAGCGAAACGCCAGGGGCAACUCCAAGUGUUCGUAUCUGGGACGCAACUCCGGCGCACUCUGGAGCUACUCCGGGACGCGAAACACCAGCGGAAAAGUCUACCCGUCGCAACCGCUGGGAUGAGACACCGAAAACGGAACGUGAGACGCCCGGUCAUUCAUGGGCUGAAACACCGCGUGCCGAUCGUGGACCAACAGACAGCGUUAUGGAAAGCACUACACCAGCGUCUAAGCGACGGUCCCGUUGGGAUGAGACACCGUCGAAUGCGACUCCGUCGGCGAUGACACCGUCCAUAGCAAUGACGCCAACGCCACAUGCUACCCCGGGCCAUGCUACUCCAUUGCUGACUCCCGGAGGGACGACUCCAAUCGGUCACAAAGCGAUGACCAUGGCUACACCAACACCCGGUCAUCUUGCUUCAAUGACACCGGAACAGCUGCAAGCAUACCGCUGGGAAAAAGAAAUCGAUGAAAGAAAUCGGCCGUUUAGCGACGAAGAAUUGGAUGCAAUGUUCCCGCCUGGAUACAAAAUAUUGCCGCCUCCUGCGGGAUACAUUCCGAUUCGAACACCUGGACGAAAACUAACUGCGACACCUACACCGAUGGCAGGCACACCAGCCGGAUUUUUCAUUCAAGCCGAGGAUAAAAGUGCUAAAUUUAUCGAUAAUCAACCUAAAGGUAACCUUCCAUUUAUGAAACCAGAAGAUGCACAGUACUUUGACAAGCUGUUAGUCGAAGUGGAUGAAGAUGCGCUUAGUCCGGAAGAACAAAAGGAACGUAAAAUCAUGAAGCUGCUUCUGAAAAUUAAGAACGGCACACCGCCUAUGAGAAAAGCUGCUCUGCGCCAAAUUACGGAUAAAGCAAGAGAGUUUGGAGCUGGACCUUUGUUCAAUCAAAUUCUCCCUCUGCUUAUGAGUCCUACGCUCGAAGAUCAAGAACGUCAUUUGCUGGUUAAGGUUAUCGAUCGCAUUCUAUACAAGUUAGACGAUUUGGUACGUCCUUAUGUCCACAAAAUUCUGGUUGUCAUUGAACCUCUGUUAAUCGAUGAAGAUUACUAUGCUCGAGUGGAAGGUCGUGAAAUCAUUUCCAAUUUAGCAAAGGCAGCUGGUUUAGCAACCAUGAUUUCAACAAUGCGUCCUGACAUCGACAAUAUCGACGAGUACGUACGAAAUACCACGGCCCGUGCUUUCGCUGUCGUUGCCUCUGCCCUCGGCAUCCCGUCGCUGCUGCCUUUCCUGAAAGCUGUAUGCAAGAGUAAGAAGUCUUGGCAAGCUCGUCAUACUGGUAUUAAAAUUGUACAGCAAAUCGCCAUCUUGAUGGGUUGCGCCAUUUUGCCACAUCUAAAAUCCCUGGUGGAAAUUAUUGAGCACGGAUUGGUGGAUGAACAGCAGAAAGUACGAACGAUUACUGCGUUAGCUUUGGCUGCACUUGCUGAAGCCGCCACACCGUACGGUAUCGAAUCGUUCGAUUCCGUUCUCAAACCCCUAUGGAAGGGUAUCCGAACACAUCGUGGAAAAGGUUUGGCUGCUUUCUUGAAAGCCAUCGGCUACUUGAUUCCGCUAAUGGACGCCGAAUAUGCCAAUUACUACACCCGAGAAGUGAUGUUGAUUCUGAUCCGAGAAUUCCAGUCGCCGGACGAAGAAAUGAAAAAGAUCGUGUUAAAAGUCGUUAAACAGUGCUGCGCAACAGACGGUGUAGAAGCGCAGUACAUUAAGGAGGAAAUCUUGCCACACUUUUUCAAACAUUUCUGGAAUCAUCGAAUGGCAUUGGACAGACGUAACUAUCGGCAGCUUGUGGAUACAACGGUCGAGAUUGCGAAUAAAGUGGGUGCUUCGGAAAUCAUCAAUCGAGUGGUUGACGAUCUUAAGGAUGAAAAUGAGCAGUAUCGCAAAAUGGUGAUGGAAACCAUCGAGAAGAUAAUGGGAAAUCUCGGAGCGGCAGAUAUUGACUCUCGACUGGAAGAACAGUUGAUCGAUGGAAUUCUAUAUGCGUUCCAAGAGCAGACGACUGAGGAUGUGGUUAUGUUGAACGGAUUUGGUACGAUUGUAAAUCAGCUUAGCAAGCGUGUCAAACCUUAUUUGCCUCAGAUUUGCGGUACAAUCCUGUGGCGAUUGAACAACAAGUCAGCUAAAGUUCGUCAGCAGGCUGCCGAUUUGAUCUCCCGUAUUGCAGUGGUUAUGAAAACCUGCCAGGAAGAAAAAUUGAUGGGUCAUCUGGGUGUUGUUCUGUACGAAUAUCUAGGAGAAGAGUACCCUGAAGUGCUGGGUUCUAUAUUGGGAGCGUUGAAAGCUAUUGUCAAUGUAAUCGGUAUGACCAAGAUGACUCCACCGAUCAAGGAUCUAUUGCCGCGAUUGACCCCUAUUCUGAAGAAUCGUCACGAAAAGGUACAGGAAAAUUGUAUUGAUCUUGUCGGUCGUAUUGCCGAUCGUGGACCAGAAUAUGUUUCCGCUCGAGAAUGGAUGCGAAUCUGUUUCGAGCUUCUGGAAUUACUAAAAGCUCACAAAAAAGCAAUUCGGCGAGCAACGGUCAACACUUUUGGUUACAUUGCAAAAGCGAUUGGUCCACAUGAUGUGCUGGCGACACUUUUAAACAAUCUGAAAGUGCAGGAGCGACAAAACCGGGUGUGUACGACGGUCGCUAUUGCCAUCGUAGCGGAAACGUGUCGCCCGUUUACCGUUUUACCUGCGCUGAUGAACGAGUAUCGUGUACCAGAGUUGAAUGUUCAAAAUGGUGUUUUGAAAUCACUAUCAUUUUUGUUCGAGUACAUCGGAGAGAUGGGUAAAGAUUAUAUCUAUGCCAUUUGUCCACUGCUGGAGGAUGCACUAAUGGACCGAGAUUUAGUGCACAGACAGACUGCUUGUGCUGCAAUCAAGCAUAUGGCAUUGGGGGUUUACGGUUUCGGUUGUGAGGAUGCACUGAUUCAUCUGCUCAACUAUGUUUGGCCGAAUAUUUUCGAAACUUCACCGCAUUUAGUUCAGGCUUUCAUGGAUGCCGUCGAAGGUCUGCGGGUCGCACUUGGGCCGAUCAAAAUUUUGCAAUACACCUUGCAAGGCCUGUUUCACCCAGCACGCAAAGUAAGAGAUGUUUACUGGAAGAUCUACAAUUCGCUUUACAUCGGCGCCCAGGAUGCACUUAUCGUGGGCUAUCCUCGCAUUACGAACGACCCUCAGAAUCCUUACAUCCGGUAUGAGCUGGACUAUAACCUUUAAGAUGGAACUAAGUAAGAACAACACAUAUUCUUGAAAUAUCAUAAUACAAUAUCUGUAGCACGUUGA